AGCAAACAGCAAUAACUUGCACUUCGCGUCGCGCUCCAGCCAAGCCAUUAGCUCCACAAUCUCCCCCGCGCUCUCACGUGGGUUUCCAGAGUCCAUCGGUCGGAAGCAAUUGAAAACAUUCGCCGACGACAUCUUUCACGCUCACCAUCGCCAUGUUUCCCACGCGCGCGCUGUGCGCCCGAUCGGUCUGGAAAGGACCCAAUAUCGUUCCCCUCCCAAUCGUUCAGAAAAAAGCAGGUGAACGGGUCCCGCCGAUCAAGACACAAGCCCGCUCGGCCACGAUACUGCCGAAUUUUGUCGGACUCAAGUUCCAAAUACACAAUGGCAAAAGCUACCUGGACAUCACCAUCACCGAGGAUAUGGUAGGACACAAGUUGGGAGAAUUUGCGCCGACACGGAAGCAGUUCAUGUACAAGCAGACCAAGAACAAAUGAAGAACGGGUCGCACGUGCAUCUUAUGGGAGUUUGGGUAUCAUUUUGGUGGGUGCAGAAGCCACUAUGUACUGGUAUUGUACAAUUGCAAUGAGCCCUUUGUUGGGCAAAAUAUUCUGAUCAGAAACCCCUGCGCCUGCGAUGCCAAUUCAACGCCGAGAAUGCCUGUUGUGAUAGCAAAUGAUUGCGUCCGUCAUUACCCAUCUUUCGCAUAUGCCAAUCGAAAGCGGACACCGGGUGGGGCGUCGAGAGAUUGCAUAGACAUGUGUCUAGCGGUAGAACUCGCCACGCUUAAUGUUGACGCCGUACUCGCCAACUGCCAUGCCCAGGUCCUCCAUGGUGAGUACAGUGCGUCCCUGACUGCCG